GGAGGCAAGACGGCGCAUCGUGUCUCUACCGAAGAGAGCCGCCUCCGGCGUUGGCAGAAAUCAGCUCUUCGAUGACAGCGAUCUUUCGGAUGCCAUCACCCUGGGCAGCCCCACCAGCCCCAUGUUCGCCAUCUCCGCGCCGGAGCCUUUCUUCGGUGGAGAACCACCUCCGCGGGAGGCGCCGGAGCCUUUCUUCGGAGGUGGUGGCUCUCCACCUCAAGAGGAGGCGGAGGUCUUCGAUGGCUUCGUGGAAGCGGAGGAGUCGCCGCAACAUGCGCGGCAGGCAGCUUCAAAGCAGGCUGCCAAGGCCUCACGAAGGGAGGAAACCUUCAGCCGUAUGGUGGCGGAGGCGAAGAGCAAGCCAGCGGUGCCCAAGAUCAAGCUGGCCAAGGCGAAGUCGGUGCCAGAUGCGAAGGCUCAGGGCCUCCGCGCCAGGCCCGGCUCCUUGUCGGACAGCAUCCGUGCCAAGGCGGCGCAGGCCAAGGCUCGAGCGGCCUCCUCGCCGGCCACGACUGGCUCGCCCGCGGCGAAGCCUAAGGUGUUGAAUGCCAAUGGCGGUGCUCUUCCAGACAAGGCUGUGAGCCCCAGAUCCAGAGGAGAAGCUCUGUGCCCAAGGCUGUGCCCAAGGUGAAGCCCCGGACACGGCCCAAGUCCCUGGAGGUCCCUGAGCAGAGCCCUUCACCCACCAGGUCCAGGCCAAUUUCCACGCGCUCGCCCAGCUUCCCCCGCGAGCCCAGCGACGGUCCGGCGCGGAGGGCCGAGUCCGAGUCCGAGUCCCCGGCGAGGGCGAAAGGCGCGAGCCCCGCAGCCAGCCCCAGGGCGAAGACUCCAAGUCCCAGGAGGCCCACAGUCCCAGCCCCAGGGCAAAGAGCGAUACGAGCCCAAGUCCGACCAGGACACUGGCCAGCCCUCGAGUGACCUCCAGG